CAACAUUCACAACUCGAGAUUUUGUGUCACCCGGAAGUUUUCUUAGCUUAGCAUGUAUGAGCCUGCAGGCUGCUGUGUUGUGGAUUCUCCGCUGAAUAGAGUUGCAGCUGCAGCAGCGAUGUCUUCAGUUCAGUCUCUGAGAGAGUUUAUCAGCGAGCGACUCACUGCUGCUGCUGAAGAAAUCUUCAGACAGUUUGAGAAAACCAUCAUCCAGUAUGAGGAAGAGAUGGAUCGUCAGCGCAGACUGCUGGAUAGUAGCAGCUGGAAAAGAAACACAAACACAGCAGACCUCCAACAGAAACACACGUGGAAGCAGAAACAGACUGUCGCUGACCAGCAGCUCUUUAACCAGGAGAGGAGCUGCAGCCAGAACCAGAAGGAAGCAGAACCUCCACAGGUCCCAGAACAGCAGGAGGAAGAGGAGAUGAGCUGUCUGCUGGAGAACAUCUGGGAACCAGAACUGGAGCUUCACAGAGCAGAUCUCCACCAGCCUCCUAAACUCAAAGAGGAGGAGUCCAGUCUGAAGCAGGAGGAAAUGGAGCUUCCACAGAUCAAAGAGGAGGAGGAGGAGGAGGAAGAUCAGGUGGCGCUGAAGACUGAUGCCUUUGAGGAAGGACACCUCUGUGACGCAGAAUUCCCCAGUCAUCAGCUUCCGCCCGACAAUUGUUCCGGAGAGGAGAAUCAGGAUCAGCAAAGAAGCAACACUGAGCCCUCCAGAUCAACCACAGCUGCAAAGCUAAGGACGAAGAACAGCAUGGGUGCAGGUACCUGUCCUCUCUCAGAGACCCAACGUCUGACAGACACCAGUGAGACGUCUGACAGGAGGAGUCCCAGCAGGACCUUCUCGUCUCAUACGUCCACGCUGAGAAGACAGACAAGGCCCUAUGAACCGGCCGAGAGUGCCUACUUCUGCCACGAGUGCGGGAAAUGCUUCAAUCAGCGCGGCAGUCUGAAAGUCCACAUGAGGACUCACACGGGCGAGAAGCCCUUCUCCUGCAGCCACUGUGGACGAAGAUUCACUCGGAGUGGAGACCUGUCCAGCCACAUGCGAACCCACACGGGCGAGAAGCCCUUCUCCUGCCAGAUCUGCGGAAAGAGCUUCAGUCAGAGCUGUAAUCUGCUGUGUCACCUGAGGACGCACACAGGGGAGAAGCCCUUCACGUGCCCAACCUGUGGGAGAAAAUUCAACCGAAGAAAUAACCUGAAGACCCAUAUGAAGGCCCACUGCUUAGAGCAGUCCCCACUCUGAAGCUCAGACGCCUGGACUGGGGGGGUUCUGAGAGAUCACAAGAUCCUUCUGUCUAGUCCAGUGUAAAGGACCAAACGUUUCAGUCUCACCAUUUUCUGUUUUAAGAGAUUCUACGCUGAAAUGCAAAUGCUUGGGAUCUAUUGGCCAUCCAUGACCAUAAGACCAUCUAAGAUCUAAAACUAGUAGAACUUUCAGCCAAACCUUUUUUAGCAUGUGUUGUUUAAGGUUCAAACGUAGCUGGGUCGUGUGCCCCUUCAUGUUACAGCCCCGACUCCAGGUUUAAUGGUUACUCGUAUGCGACACAGACGCAUUGACACUGGAACUAGAAAUGAACCUCGUUUUGAGAAUGAACCUCAUUCAGUUCAGACUCUGGUAGAUUAAGGAAGGGCUUUGAGGAACGUCCAGAAGUGACUGUAAAGGUUUCAUCUGUCUGGUGGCUUAUUAACACAAAAGUAGGAAAAUCGGACAUGUUGUCAUUCAGAUUGUGGUUGAUGUGCGUAGUUGUAUUUAAUGCUGUAGUGAAUUCAUGUGUUGGAUUUGUUUUUUGUGACUUUUGUAUUGGUUUCAGUAAAAAAAACAAAUAAAUGCAUUUUCAGGU